AUGGAUGUGUUUCUCCUGAAUGGCAGCACUGUCCGGGUCCGUGCAGAACAAGGACUUGAUGUUGCCAAGGAGAAAGUGGCCAAGGCUCUGAAAGCCUUGCCGCUUGCCGUGGUCCUGUCGCGCGGCGGUGAGGUGGUGACUGAGCUCGUCGAAGAUGGGGAGCCCCUUUUUGCAGUGGUGGAUCCACGGCGUUUGCAGCUUGCUGAACACUGGCAAUCGUUUCAGGAGAAGCUGCCUCGCGUCAAAGAGCAGCGCUGCUUGGUAGGCAAGCUCGGCGACAAACUGGGCACUGAGAGGCGAUUUGGGUUCAGGUCUCAGAUCGCCGAGACGUCGUCCAAGCUCAGGUUCGGCACGGUGUCCUUGAAGGAGGAGGAGCGCCUUGUCGUUCACCUCAGCCAGCUGCAAGCCUCGCAAGCGACCUUUGAGAAGUUCGAGGACGAAUACGGUGAGCUUGACAGCCGGCGCCGGUUGCUCUUCCAGGCUGGAACGGAGCAGAAACGCGAGCUACAACGUAAGCUCAGUCAGACCGGGCCAGAGCAUGAGUUCUUGGUGCAGGAGUUUGAGCAGAUGCUGAACAGCUGCAUGAAGGAGAACCACUACAAUCGAUUCGCUCGCUCUGCGAGUUUCAGCAGCUCUUGCUAUUGGAGUGAGUAUGACUAUGGCUACUAUGACUUUUUCUAUGAUUCAAGAUACGAGAGCCUGGAUGACGGUCUGGAGUCCAUGUGUCCAAGACUGCGACAAGUUCCCAGCCGCGGCAGGAAAUUUCAUGGUCGUCGAGUCAGCCAGAAAUCUGCGCAUCGUCCCGCACGUGCGCGCAAAACUCGGAGCAGAGAUCUUGCUGCGGACUUCACUAUCCGCUGA